CCGUUGUUGUAUCCCCUGCUACUGAACAGAUUUGUCGCGAUACAAACUAGCUACACACUGGCAUUAAAGCCACGAAAAGAUGCUCCUUCACCGGAUUAAAACAAUGAAAAAAACACCUAGAAGUCUGGAAAAACUUUGCCCAACAGUGCCCAAACUUUGGUAGUCUACAACCAAAACCACUUCCCUACAGUUUCGAGUGUGUUAGCAUUGUUUUAUCUCACCACUAUUGCAAUUGGACGCGUUUUUUGCCCCAUCUGGACCAGUCCAGUCUGAUGAAUUCACCGAAAAAAGACGGAGAUGAUGAUGUGCCCGUUAAAGACCCGGUAAAAUACGGCGAAUUGGUCAUUUUGGGCUACAAUGGCUCCCUUCCAAACGGAGACCGUGGGCGCAGAAAGAGCCGCUUUGCUCUGUACCGAAGGGCCAAGGCCAACGGUGUCAAGCCCAGUGCUGUGCACAUCCUCAAUACACCACAGGACAGCAAGGCGGUGCACAGCAGGGGGCAGCACAGCAUCUCUUUCACCCUGUCCCGAAACCAGACCGUGGUGGUGGAGUACUGCCAUGACAACAACACAGACAUGUUCCAGAUUGGACGCUCCACAGAGAGUCCUAUUGACUUUGUGGUAACAGACACCUCUGGAGGAAAGGAAGGCGAAGAUCCUUCCAUUGCUCCCAGCACCAUUUCCCGUUUUGCCUGCAGAAUAGUGUGCGAGCGCAACCCGCCUUACACUGCACGCAUCUAUGCUGCAGGCUUUGACUCCUCCAAAAAUAUUUUCUUAGGGGAGAAAGCAACCAAAUGGAAAAAUCCUGAUGGGCAUAUGGAUGGCCUCACCACUAAUGGGGUGCUAGUGAUGCACCCACAGGGCUUCCCAGAGGAUCCCAAGCAAGGCCUGUGGAGGGAGAUCUCCGUCUGUGGAGAUGUUUAUGCGCUGCGGGAGACACGGUCUGGACCCAGCAGGGGGACGCUGGCGGAGGGGGAGAGCAGCGCACUACGUGACGGGUCGCUCGUCGAUCUCUGUGGUGCUACUCUGCUGUGGCGCACCGGUGAGGGGCUCAUGCGCUCUCCCACUCUGCGUCACCUGGAGGCGCUUCGUCAGGAGCUUAACGCAUCCCGGCCCCAGUGUCCCGUCGGCCUCAGCACACUGGCGUUCCCCAGCCUUCCACGCAGUCAUAGCCUUGAAGAGCGUCAACCCUGGGUCUACCUCGCCUGUGGCCACGUCCACGGACGCCACGAUUGGGGCCAGAGAUCGGAGAGAGAGGAAGAUCCAGGAGAGGGUGAAGGCUCCACCACCCGGCGAGAAUGUCCCCUGUGCAGGAGCGUGGGUCCCUACGUGCCGCUGUGGCUGGGCUGUGAGCCUGCGGUGUAUGUGGAUGCCGGAGCCCCCACUCACGGUUUUGUGCCAUGUGGCCACGUCUGCUCAGAGAGGACAGCCAAGUAUUGGGCUGAGACUCCUCUGCCCCAUGGGACGCAUGCCUUCAGACCCGUCUGCCCCUUCUGCUCCACUGCCCUGAGCUCCCCCGGCUGGACACGGCUCAUCUUCCAGGGCCCCAUCGACUAAUCACCACUUCUCAGCAACAACCACAAUAGCAGGAAGCUACCUGAGCUGCGUUCAUGCGUUCAAAUGUUGAUCAGUAUGAUAAGCGUGUGUAUUCUGUACAAUAACACUCUCUGUUACUGAAUGUAGCUCAGUGCUGACAAAUCCUUCCCUUUGUUUAUCCUUUAGGGCUUGCUGAUUAGUGUAAGAUCAAGAAAAUAGGACAGAAUUAUCAGUGCUGUCAAUUCAAAGUGUUUUCUAAAUUUUAAACCAUUUCCCGCCCCCCUCGUGCAGGAGUCAGAGGGUUUUAAUUCCAGCUGAACACAGUGGCAGUUGAUUUCAGUCAUUACUCGUCUUUCAGCGAGACACAGCUCUCAGAAGUGAUGCUGCACGUUCACAGCUUAAACUAUGAUGCUGCAUUUUAACUAUAUUAUCAAAUGAUAGCCACAUGACUUUCGUCAGUCUUCAACACCAUGCAUUGUAUAAAAUGCAAGUAACUUUUGCACGUAUUCAUCUUCUACCCUUUCACAUGAAGCGUAACCACUUCUG